GUAUCAUUGGAUUCGGGGAGAGCUUGCUUUGCAUCCCCAAUGGACGCCUCAGCUCCGCUCCUCCUCCUCCUCUUCCUCCUCCUGUGGAUGAUGAUGAUGCUGCAUCUCGCGCUCUCUUCCGAUCCCCCGCUUUCCCCCAAGGGCCUCAACUACGAAGUGGCGGCGUUGAUGGCGGUGAAGAGCUGGUUGAGGGACGAGAAAGGGGUAAUGGAUGGCUGGGAUAUCAAUUCCGUUGACCCUUGCACUUGGCUCAUGGUUUGCUGCUCCAGUGAUGGCUUCGUCAUUUCCCUGGAAAUGGCGAAUAAUGGCUUGUCUGGCUCUCUGUCUCCGAGUGUUGGCAACUUGAGUCAUCUUCAGGCUUUGUUAUUGCAAAACAACAAAAUAACAGGCCCUAUUCCUGCGGAGAUUGGGAAGUUGGCCCAGCUAAAGACUCUUCAGCUCUCUAAUAAUCAGUUCGUUGGUCAAAUUCCAAAAAAUCUGGGACUUCUGCCUUUGCUUGAUUACUUGCGUCUUGACAGGAAUAAUUUAUCUGGUCAGAUCCCCAAGUCUGUAGCUGAUCUUGCAGGACUGACAUACUUGGAUUUAUCGUUCAACAAUCUCAGUGGCCCAUUUACAAAAAUUCUUGCAAAGGAUUAUAGUCUUGCAGGAAACAAAUUUCUUUGCAAUUCAUCAAUCUUACAUGGUUGCACUGAUGUUCCACUCCCAACAAAUGAAACUAUUUUACCGGGAAAAGGCAGCAAUCAUCAUUUAACAAUUGCUAUAUGCUCAAGUGUUGGUUGUGUCCUUGUUAUUUUUGUGCUGCUGUUGUUCUAUUGGCUACAACGCUGCAGAUGGCAUUUCUCUUUUUGUUCUGAUGUUGAAGAUCAUGUAUUUGACAUUGGUCACUUGAAGCAAUUUUCAUUCAGGGAGAUACAAAUUGCAACAGAUUACUUCAAUUCCAAAAACAUUCUAGGUCAUGGUGGAUUCGGAGUGGUCUACAAAGGAUACCUAAAAAAUGGGACUGUAGUAGCAGUGAAAAGGUUGAAAGAUCCAAACUUUACAGGACAAGUUCAGUUCCAAACUGAAGUUGAGAUGAUUGGCUUAGCUUUGCAUAGAAAUCUUUUGCGUUUAUAUGGGUUUUGCAUGACGCAAAAUGAGAGGCUGCUUAUUUAUCCAUAUAUGUCCAAUGGAAGCGUCGCUGAUCGUCUAAGAGAUAAGCAUCAUGGGAAACCUUCCUUGGAUUGGAGCAAACGAAUGCAGAUUGCUCUUGGGGCUGCUCGGGGACUUCUAUAUUUGCAUGAGCAGUGUAAGCCAAAGAUUAUUCACCGGGAUGUUAAAGCUGCUAACAUUUUGCUUGAUGAAAGCUUUGAAGCUGUAGUUGGAGAUUUCGGGUUGGCCAAACUUCUGGACCUGAGGGAUUCACAUGUCUCAACUGCUGUUCGAGGUACCAUAGGACACAUUGCACCUGAAUAUCUAUCCACUGGACAGUCCUCAGAGAAAACAGAUGUGUUUGGUUUUGGUAUUCUGCUCUUCGAACUGAUAACAGGUCAAAAAACAAUUAGUUCUGGAAAUGGUCAAGUCCAGAAGGGAAUGAUCCUUGAUUGGGUUAGGACUUUGCGUGAGGAGAAGCGACUCCACAUGAUGGCUGAUAGAGACCUGAAGGGUUCUUUCGACGCCAGUGAACUAGAGAAUGCUGUUAGCAUCAUUCUAUCAUGCACUCAACCAAAUCCCGCCUUCCGGCCAAAGAUGUCUGAUGUAGUGAAGGCUCUUGAAGCUGGGUCCAGAAUAACCGAAUACCAGGAAGAAUCACCAGGGGUGGCUUUCUGCAGAAGGUCUUGCAGUUUCUCUGGAAGUUAUGAUGAUGCCAAUGAAGCUACUUCUUUUAUCAUGGAACCCAUGGAACUCUCUGGCCCCAGAUGACAAGGAUUCACUCUUUCAGUAGGUAAAUAGAUGUAUCUUUGCAAACUGUAAUUAUUCAGUGUUAUUUUAGAUGGAAGUUAUUAAGAUGUCAAAAGAUGCAUUUUGGUUGUUUUGGUCAUGAGGACAACAUGUGAUAUGGUGAAAGAAGGCUCUUGAUA